UUUUUCUCCCUCUGCGGCCACAUUCCUGCUAUAUUGGAACCAAACGCCAGGAGGAACAUCGUCAAUCUCCCAAAUUACCUAAAAAAUUCUUUCUCAUUCCCACAAAAAAAAAAAAAAAAAAUGGCCGUCUCCGAUCACCGACAUCACCGGUCUCUGAUCCCAAGCUUCGUCUACUCCUCCCCCGUCUCCACCAACAAACUUUUCGGUCUGAACGACUCCGCUUCGCAAAAAUCUACCUCCAACGCGUCCUCCGUCAGUGGCGAUGGCGGAACUGCGUUGCAGAGGUUCGCGAUCCCUGCCCCGAGCGAGAAGAUUGCGAUGUACUCGCCCGCUUUCUACGCCGCCUGUACAGCCGGUGGUAUUUUCAGCUGCGGCCUCACUCACAUGGCCGUCACUCCUCUCGAUCUUGUCAAGUGCAAUAUGCAGGUAAUCAACCCAGCCAAGUACAAAAGCAUUACAUCUGGGUUUGGAGUAUUGCUGAAAGAACAAGGGGCGAAAGGUUUCUUCAGGGGAUGGGUGCCUACACUGCUUGGUUACAGUGCUCAAGGCGCCUGCAAAUUCGGGUUCUACGAGUUCUUCAAAAAAUACUACUCAGACAUGGCCGGCCCCGAGUUCGCAACCAAGUACAAGACCUUGAUCUACCUUGCUGGUUCUGCAUCUGCUGAGGUGAUCGCCGAUGUCGCUCUCUGCCCCUUGGAGGCAGUGAAGGUUCGCGUCCAAACCCAGCCUGGCUUUGCCCGUGGUUUGUCAGAUGGAUUCCCCAAGUUUGUCAAAGCAGAAGGCUUUGCUGGAUUAUACAAAGGCCUUGUUCCACUGUGGGGACGCCAGAUUCCAUACACGAUGAUGAAGUUCGCAUCGUUUGAGACGAUUGUGGAGCUAAUCUACAAGCAUGCCAUCCCGGCCCCGAAAGAGCAGUGCAGCAAGAACUUGCAGCUCGGGGUUAGCUUCGCCGGUGGAUACAUUGCAGGUGUUUUCUGUGCUAUCGUCUCGCACCCUGCCGACAAUCUGGUUUCUUUCCUCAACAACGCCAAGGGAGCAACGGCCGGCGAUGCGGUUAAGCAGCUAGGGCUAUGGGGGCUUUUCACCCGGGGGCUUCCUCUCCGAAUCGUCAUGAUUGGUACGCUCACAGGAGCGCAAUGGGGCAUCUACGAUGCGUUCAAAGUGUUUGUGGGACUCCCAACUACAGGUGGAGCUGCCCCUCCUCCCAUAAAGAAUUGAAGAAGAGAGCGAGUUCAUGUGGCGAACUGAACGAGAUUAUCAACUUCUGAGUAGCGAUCUACUGCCAGGAGAUCGAUGGUUAAAUAAUAGUAGCUUAGUAUUUGGAUCUCAGUAAUUGCACCACAGCACCAAACCAAUUCUUUUCAAAACAAACAUACACUCUUGCUAUUCCAUUGAAUUUUUCUGCCACAAAUAGUGAUUUCCAUUUUUGUUUUCUUUUGGGACGGAAAUCAAGGGACAGGUUUAUUUAACCCUAGCCGUUUAAGAAGUCAUGAUAUCAUCGACGUUGGUCUGGUAUUCAUUAAAUUUUGAUACUCUGAUUAUUGCUGCUUUCUAUUAUUGUUGAAUCUCCCCCUCCGGCCUCCCCCAACUUCCACUUCCAAGUACGAACGAAUAGUACAAGCAGUAGAAGACAGAAGAAACAGGAAGGCACAUUCUAACACGCGAAAGUUUUACCUGUUGGCUGUCCGAACUUCGAACAUAUGUACACGACACAAAUUCUUCAAAAAUAUAAAUAAACAGAAGCAGGAUUAUAACAAUUAAUAA